AUGCACCGAGCGUCCCGCACGCCGCCAGAAGUGCAGCUCUUGCCAGAAGGAGGAUUCGCUGCAUGGAUAUCUGAGUUCGAGGCGGCGGCAGGGGCCCCAGGCGCCGUGCUGGUGGACAGCAGCUCCAUUUUGCCAAGCAUUUUCAGUAGAAAAGGGAAAACUAAGAGAAACUCCGACGGUGACCUCCCAAGAACAGAGAUCGUCUUCGGCAGACGCACAAACUCAAGAAUAGAAGGGCUCAACCUAUCUAUUUUAGAGAGGCACAGAAGGAGAGCUGCUGUUCGUCGAACUGAGGAGUACAGUAUAUUUGUGGGGACAUGGAAUGUAGGAGGAAGGCCCCCAAACAAUGACCUCAACCUUGAAGACCUUCUCCGCGUAGAAGGAUCCUCUGACAUCUACGUUCUUGGGUUUCAGGAAAUAGUUCCUUUGAAUGCAGGGAACGUGUUGGUGAUCGAGGACAACGAGCCCGCCGCCAAAUGGCUGGCGCUCAUCGGCCAGGCGCUCAAUAACAAGACUAGAUACGAUAACAAGGAGAUCUCAAAGUCGAGCAGUGGCCUCUUCUUCCAGAAGCCAUCGCUGAAGGUCCUCAGCAAAAACUACCGCGCCACUGGCGCCGCACUCGUCAAGGCCUGCAACUGCAAGUACGAGCCCGGCGACGCAGGGGGGCGGAUGGAGAGGAAGAUGAGUGAGUACUUCAUCGACGACUCGGGCUCUGACGACGAGUUCGGAUGCUACUCGACGUCGUCCCAGUUGGUGUGGCCGGAAGUCCGAGGCACCGCCGGGCAAGCGGAUUACUGCCUCAUCGCGAGCAAGCAGAUGGUGGGCAUUUUCCUGUCGGUGUGGGUGAGGAACGAGCUGGCGCAGCACAUCGGCCACCUCCGGGUCGACACCGUCGGCAGAGGAAUCAUGGGAUGCCUCGGGAACAAGGGAUGCGUUGCGCUGAGCAUGUCGUUGCACAGAACGACCUUUUGCUUUGUGUGCAGCCACUUGACUUCCGGCCAGAAGGAGGGCGACGAGCUGAAGAGGAACGCCGACGUCGCCGACAUCCUUAAGAGCGCGCAGUUCCCCAAAAUUUGCAAGAUCCCCGGAAGUCGAAAAAUGCCCGAGAAAAUCCUCGAUCAUGAUCGCGUUGUGUGGUUUGGUGACUUGAACUACCGGAUUGCACUGCGCUACGAGGACGCAAAAACACUGCUCGAGGAUAAUAAUUGGGAUGCUCUGCUAGGAAGGGAUCAGCUGAAGAUGGAGAGAGAAGCAGGAAAGGUGUUUGAUGGAUGGAAGGAGGGCAACAUCUACUUUGCUCCUACUUACAAGUACGCGCAAAACUCGGAUGCCUACUCAGGGGAGACCACCAAAUCCAAGAAGAAGCGUAGAACACCGGCAUGGUGCGAUAGGAUCCUGUGGCACGGGAAUGGCAUAGAACAGCUGCAGUACAGGAGAGGGGAGUCGAGAUUUUCCGAUCACAGGCCGGUUUGUGCAGUGUUCAGGGCUCAGGUGGAGGCGAGCAGCAAAGGCGGCGGCGGCGACGCCUUAUGCCGAAAGGGAUUUUCCGGCGUCUACUCGAGGAUGCCUCUCCACGAUAUCAUACCACGAAGGCACAGCUUCUACGAGUGCUAG